ACGUAGCCAUCUUGUGUAGAGCAGAGGAAGCGGAGCCGUUAGCUCGAGAUCUGCGCUGACAGCUGACACACUGACAAACAAACCGUCACUCUGCUCCCGACAGGAACGGACAGUAAACAUGCGUUAAUACGUGUCGAGAUGUCUGCCCGGUGUGUUUGACGGAGGAUGUGUGCUUCUGAAGAAGGGAGAGUUUUGAGGACCGAACGCGCCUCAGAGUCACGUUAAAUCCACAGACUGGAGAGAGCGGCCUGACGGAGACUCUCACACCGGGACACGGCCUUCGUUUAGGCCACGGAGAACAGAGAGACAGGCUCGGAAGGAUUAAACACCGCUGGAAUAAACCUGUCAUUGUGUUUGGAGCUUCAGUUUAGAGCAGUGGAAAUGCCACGAUGAGGGACUCUUGAGUUAGAGUGACGCAAAUUACAUGACAGUUUCAUACACAUUGCUUACAUUGGAGCUGCGCGCUUCAGUCUGACGUGUUGAGAGCAGAGCAACGCGCUUAAAGCUGUCAAAAUGUCUGCAAUGACGUCGAAAAAGAAGAGCUGUUUUCAGAUCACGAGCGUUACUCAGGCGGCGCAGGUGGCGGCCAACAGCCACACGGACGACACGGAGAGUUUAGAGGACCCUGACGAGCCCAGGACUGAGGACAUGUCCCAACCUGGAGAUCUCCAGCCGGAGACGUGUGCUGUCAGUUUAUCUGAUGAAUCGCUUCAUAACGGAGCUGAAACAUCUGGCCAAGAUGGUCCCAUGUGGACCGUCCCUGGUUCUCGUAGCACAGGUGCUGUUCAUAUGAACCCAGGAGGGACCGUCUCCUCCCAAUCUUCAGGUUCAGCUGCAUCACAGACUUCAUUGCCUAGCAGUUCUGCCCCAGUAGGUAGUUGCAGUUCCCGUUUCAGGGUCAUCAAGCUAGAUCAUGGCACGGGCGAGCCCAUCAAAAGAGGUAGGUGGACUUGCGCUGAGUUUUAUGAGCGAGAUACGGACUCUUCCUCAUCCGCUCGGACUGUGGAUAACGUCAAGCACGUUGGCACCACAGACCACGGCGUGGAUGCACUGGGAGCCGCGGGAGGUUCGGUGGCCGCUCAUGUUGGGCUUUCAGCACCGGCAGCCGAACCACACCCCGACAGCGGUUACAUAUCUGCCCCGUCGAACCCACCUGUGGAGGCUUCUCAGCAGGGAUUAGGCCUCGUGGCCCAGAACCUUAAUGGAGAUGCCCACGCUCAACAUCUCAAAUCUCCCAGCAUGCCUUCGACAACUCAACCACAGCCAUUUUUCCCGGGAACACAGGCACAGAAACCUGUCCAGACUGUUAUUCCAUCGAAUCCGGCCCAGAGCGCCUUAGGGACUUCUCUUCCGGGGGGCGCUCACAUGCUCGGAUUCGUUCCCCAGCCCGUGGAUGGCAGAGGGCUUCCCAUCGCCCAGCCGGAGCAUGUUCAGGGGCUUUUACAUCAGCCGGGCAUCAGCACGGCUGUAGGGAGCGUGUCGGCCGCAGCUGUUGUACAGCAGGCACCAGUGCCGCUCAUUCAGCCGGGGGUAACCGUGUCUGUCAGCGCCCUCGCCGGGGUCCCUGGUGUGCAAAAUGUGCCUGCUGUCAUGUCCAGUGCCUCUAAUGCCCCCCAGAGCAUGCCCAAACAGAUGCAGCAGCAUCAGCCUCAGGGCGUCCACAGUGGUUCAUUAGUAGGACUGGGUGGGCUGAUGACCCCUGCUAAUUUUAGCCAGCUCUCCUCCAGUGUCACCCAGGCCGUGGAGAACCAGAGGAACCCCGACGGGCUGCUCCAGAGCCACGUGCUCAUGGGAACAGAUGCCAUCAAACCCCUGCAGCUCCACACUCCUGCUGUCCGCAGUCUGUUUGGAAUAGCCAUUCCCAUCGAUGGGGACGAGGACAGGAACCCCUCCAUGGCUUUCUAUCAGGCCUUCCCAAACGGCAGGUCAAAGGUCAUCAGUGAUGGUGCCUCUGGCGCCAGUGCUGUGGCCAUCGAUAACAAAAUAGAGCAAGCCAUGGAUCUUGUGAAGAGCCAUUUGAUGUACGCGGUGCGUGAGGAAGUGGAGGUCCUGAAGGAGCAGAUCAAGGAGCUGUACGAGAGGAACUCUCUCCUGGAGAGAGAGAACGCAGUAUUAAAGUCUCUGGCCAACACGGAGCAGCUGACCCAGCUCAGCACUUCACCCCCACAGACGCCGCUCAGCACCGUCCUGCAGGGAGGAGGCACACUCGUGACCCUGCCCCCGCAUCCCAACGUGUCCACGGCGUGAACACACGCAUCAACAAACCAAAACAUGACCAUCUGCUACGGAGAUUUUGGUUUCCAGUGGAGUUUUCCUCUUGUGGAGAGCCAUGCUUCUGGUCUUCCCCAGUAUUAGACGCUCAUCAUCUCUGGAGAGAGCAGGACUGGCUCUGUGAUGGGUGCCGUCGCUCUCGGAGGGCACGGGCUGCUGGCUGGCCGAAUGAGUUCAGUAGAGGAGUGAAGAUUAGCAGGACGCUCGUCCCAGGCCAAGCCAAACACGUGGAGCGCUCCAGCAGGAGUCCCUUCGGCUCUUUAGUUUCACUGUCUGCAUAUAUUUAUUAGAGGGCUGCUAUUUUCAUAAUGUAAAUGAACAAUGUAACAGAGAUCUAUUAUAUAUAUAUAUAUAGAGAGAGAGAGAGAAAGAGAGAUAUAAAGAACCAUUGUUUUGGUUUCUGAGAUGUUAGAUUCUUGUUUGACAAGGCAAUGAUGUCCCCGUGGCACAGAUCCAACACUAAAAGUGAUUCGGUGGGAUGUCUGAUAGAGUCCUGUGUGGUCUGGGGUUGAAUGUAAAGAGUGUACAGGUGAGCAGCAUUAAUAAAGGAUUGCUCUUUGGGAUUUAAUUAACUACACUUUCCCUGAGUACUUCAAUUCUGAUACAUUUUGUAUUUUUAACUGGGGAUGGAGGUGUGAAUUAGUUGUAACCAAAGAAAAAAAGCGGUGUGUUUUGUAUAUCGUGUAUUUUCUUGUUUGUAUGCACGUUUGCGCUUUUUUUUUUUUUUUAAUUCUUUGUCACCUUUUGUUUCUGAUUGCCAUGUGUCCAGCGUGAUCUAUCAGACUGUUUUCUUACCUCAUGUGUUUUGUUUGUCAUAAUUUAAGCAGUCUGUGAACGAUGUUUGAUUAUGGACGGUGAAGGGUGAUUUUUGGAAUAACGUAAAAGAGCCAAUUGUUUUCAUUUACGUGGUGUUAAAAAACGUGAUUUACAGAUUAAUGUUAAUCACAUUACAGAAAAUGUUCGAAAUAAAUGGCGAUUUAUAUUUGCAGUGUUCACAGAUGUCAUGUGUAGGGCAUGUACUCUGUUUUAAUGUCUUUCGUGCCUCUUUUACCAGAGAUGCAGUGAUCUGGUUGAUUUUCUGCCCUGUUUGAGCCAAACAGAAAUCUUGUACAAUCACUGUACAUCAGUCUGAACUUUUUAGGUCUGCUUGUUUAUCUUUUUUCUUUUUUUUGGUUGUCGUUGAAGGAAAUGUAGUAUACAAGCAGAAUGCAUUGUACUUGAUCACUGAGCCUUUCUGAAAAUACCCUUUUAAUGUGCCAUUUGGAAAAAAAUAUUAGUUUUCUGUCAGAAAUAAAUUACUGUUCAAUUGAGAACUGAAGCAUUUUAA